UGAUUAUUUGGCCCUUUCUUUGCUUUUCGUGUCUUUCCCUGACCAAAUCUCCUCGGUGCUGCUGGAGUCGGAGCAAGGACUGCUGCAAAUUAUUAACUGACAGACACCGGGCUGCCUCAACGGACGUACAUACAUACCAUGUUGCAGGAUGGAUGUAUAUAUAUGUACGUAUUAUGCACGGGGUAUCUUUCUGAUGCGUACAUUCAUGUACCCCUAACCAAUAGGCCAGUUCCAUACCACCGAUUGCUCGCAGAUCUCCGGCUGAUGCUGCUCGUCUUCUGCAUCUUCGCCAAUCGGCGAUCUUCCUACCUGGUACAGCCGAUUCUGCUGCAUAUCAUACCUUCUUCACCCGUCCAGGAGAGAGCAGGUGAGUAGUUAGAGAGAGCAGAGAAAGACUCCUCCAGCUUGUUUAUUCUCGGCCCGAAUCAGAAGACUAGAGCUAUCACCAGCAUUGAGCGAGUUGAUGAUUAGAAAAGGGGGGGGGAGGAAUAGCCUCAUUUACGGAGUAUUCGUAGCCAUGAAUUUAUUUUCCUUUGCCCUACACCGAUUGGGCCUUCAGUUCAGGCUGUAUAUAUGAUUCCCUACAGUCAAUAUAAUGCCAGUCGGCUUCCUCAAUUACAGGAUUAGUUGCCCUGACUCAGUCUCCAAGUAUCCAUGCUGUCUCUAUUUCCCCCUGCUUUACGGCUUAGUUUGAUAUCAAUUCUCCUCCCAUGAUCGAAUCAUGGUCUUUUCUUUGAUACCCAGCAGUUAGUUAGUUGCACGAGACCUUGAUGAGAAUCGAACAGUGUCAGCCAUUUGCAGCUGGACCCUUUUUUUCUUUUCCUUUUCCUGAUUAUAUUCCGGUCCUAAGGUCACACGGGCUAUCAAUUCCAACGGCGAAGGGAAAAUGGCCGUGGACCCUGCAACAUCCUUACAAGGCUGAUAUCCCUUUCCCUGGAUGUACUCCGAACUUGACUCCAUCUUCUCCAUCAGAUCUUCCAUCUUGCUCUGCUGUUUGGGGCCGAAGACUGACACCUCCGGUGCUGAUUUCAAUUGUCAUUCAAUCUCUCUCCCCCCUCCUUUUUUUACUCUUCCCCCAGCCCCCUUUACCGAUGCCAGCCAUGUCAUGAUAAUUUAUACACCCUGUGCUACUCUCACACCCACAUGGACGAAAGGAAGAAAAAAUUCUCCCUGCCUUGAAGCCUUCUCCCUUCUCGCUGUAUUCGCGACAUCUCUCGUAUUCCAUUCCUUCUUGGACCAGCCAAUGUCCUACUCUACUAUUUUUCCGUACCAGGUACAGAAGUACUACCACUACCGGCCGACAUACCGCCGUUCAGACCUGUUCGAAGAGGAAGAAAUAAAAGAAAACUGCAGCCAAAAAGGAAACACAGCCCAGAUAAUAAAAAAAUCCUGCUGGAGGGCAAUUUUAUAUCGACUCAAACCGCAGUUGAGCUGGAGUUAAAAUAAA